AUGGAAACAAACCUGCCUGAUACACCUGUAUGCCGGAAGCGUAAUAUCCGCGACAAUACCUUGGACGACGCGCAGCUGAAAACGCGGUGCCCACUCGACAAUGGGCGACACAAUUGCAAUCCCAUCUCCGCAUCUUUCCCUACCAAUCAGCUCGACAGCCUACCCCUAGAACUUAUCAUCGAGGUCCUGCUGCAGGUGGACAUUCCUUCGCUGACUCGCUUUCGCGGCCUCAACCGCCGCACAAUGCAGCUUGUCAACUCUGUUCGCCAAUACACCGCAAUGAUUGAGCAUUGCCCCAACAUCAUCCGCGCCAUUGUCAGCAUACAGGUGGACGCGUUUGACUGUAGUACACUAUACAGAACGCUUUGCACAAGCCGAUGUUCCACGUGCAAUCACUUUGGUGACUAUCUCUAUCUCAUAGACUGUCGCCGGGUCUGUUACUUCUGUUUCACUGAGCUGCCGGAAUACUUCCCCCUCACAAGUCACGCAGCAUCCAGGCUCUUCACCCUCAAUGCAAAGAGCAAUGCCAAAAGCUUCCGCAAGCUCUUCGAAUUGGUGAAACCACCGAGCAUCCUCAGCUUGCCCGGGCGGUACUGUUGUGGUUCGUUAACGAGAGGGGGGAAUUUGCAGUCGAGGCGACUUCGACUCUACGAUCGCCGGGCGGUGGCCGAGAGUCUGACAGGCAGUGGUCUUUCACAGUCAGACAAAACUAAUACGGAACCUAAGCGAUUCAUGGCUAUCAUCUCCGCACCAGUUCUGCUCAAUGGUGGCCGGCAGGUCGACCGAGGGUUCUUCUGCCUCGGCUGCAGGAACGAGCACAGGGAUAAAAACAAACACUUCAGAAUCAAAUACACCACAGAGGGCUUGUCAGGACACAUUGCGAAGUAUGGACGGGUAGUGGAGAGGAUACCGAAGAUCCCUGGCACUGGGUUCAUGCACGUUAAAAAGGACUAGAAUAUGCCGCUGGGAGGGGAGGGAGGCGUAGGCGCGUUUUUUUAAGGCUUUUGUUCGUAAAACUUUUUCUGUGAAAUGAAGAGACGCACUGCACAUGU